AUGCCUGUUGGGCACGGAAGCAACGAGGGGGGUGAGAGGGAGUUCUCCAAUUCGCACGCCGGCCCUUCCCACCCCCCCGGUAAAGCCAAGUGUCUGGCCACAGUUCGUACCGACUAUGCUCCGGGGGACCAGUGCUACGUCCUACACCUGGCCCAAACGCCCGGAGAGGCGGUGGUGGCUGCCGCCCUCUCCACCCGCACAGUGAAGCUCUUUUCCACAGACGCCUCGGGCCUGCGCUUCACCGGCGACCUGAAGGCCCACACGCACUCCAUCACGGGCAUGGUGAGCGCGGCGCACAGCCCCGCAGCCCUGUACACCGCCAGCGGGGACGGGGUGGUGCGGGCCUGGGACCUGCGGGCCGGCGCCGUGGCGCAGGAGUUCCGGGCCGGCUGCCGGGGGGAGGCGCUGAGCGUGGCCGUGGGGCCCACGCUGGUGGCGGCCGGGGUUGCGGACAACCUGGCCCUCUGGGACGCCCGGUCGGGGCGCCAGAUGGCGCACUGGGGUGACACACACGCCCAGGACGUGACCGCCGUGCAGCUGCACCCCGACGCGCCGGCGGCCCUGGUCUCCGGGUCGGAGGACGGCCUGCUGGCCGUGUUUGACCUCUCGGCGGGACUGGACGAGGACGAGAGCUUCCAGGCGGCUCUCAACAUCGACAAUGCCGUGGCGGCCACGGGGUGGUACGGACAGGGGGGGACCAAGCUGUGGUGCACCACCGGGACCGAGACCCUGCACCUAUGGGAGUGGCAGGCCGCCUGCAACGAGGAGGGCGGAGGUGGCCAGGGCUCCCUGGCCGACGUCGCGGACGCUCGCGCGCAGCUGUCCGCGCUGACACCCGAUUUCGAGGGCGGCGUGUCAUACCUGGUGGGCUGCAGCUACGACGCAGCUUCCGAGACGCUGGGUCUGAUGGGGGGCAGCCUGGAGGGCGGCCUGGGCAUCUACCCCGUCGUGGACUCGGAUGCCGUGGCUCCCCUCAGGGCGCCGCUGAGCGUGCUGGCCGGUGGGCACGCAGACAUCGUGCGGUGCGCCCUGCACCUGGGCGGGGGGCGCGUGGUGACGGGGGGUGAGGACGCACGGGUGUGCCUGUGGGACCUGACGCAGAAUGGCGCUCCCUCCCCACCGACCACGUCCCUGGGAGAGAUGGCCUCGUACUACUUGUCUGUACAGCCCCACCUCUUCCAAGAGACUGUGGACCGGCAGUUCAGCCUGCUCCAGGAGGCAAAGGAGAAGGACCAGGCCAGCGAGAGUGGGGAGGGCACGAGCAGCACCUCCACAGAUCUGGUUCUGUCCAGGCGCAUGGCCGAGGUGCAGCGUGCAGAGCGCGGCCGCGCGGUGGAGGACCUCAUGUACGUCUGCAUCCUGGGCAAGUUUCGGGACCUGGGCGUGGACAUGCUGCCCCGGAUCGAGGAGGUGCAGGAGAGCUCCGACACACUGCGCGCGCUGACCGAGGGCGUGCACUCGCGCGAGGCGCUGGACAUGGUGAAGGAGCACGUGCUGGGCGUGCUGGGGCCCGCCUCAAUGGCCUACGCUGCCACCAAGAUCAAGAUGUCCGCCCUGCAGGCCGCCCAGGUCUACGCUGCCUCGGUGCUCUUUGGGUACUUCUUGCGGAGGGUGGACACCCGCUUCCAGCUGGCCAAGUCGCUGGACAUGCUGCCGGAGAGCCAGGAGGAAGCUGUGGCCAGGCUUGAACGCCUCUUCUCCGCGGCGGACGACGGGCUGCCAGAAGGUGCCACGCCCCACCCUGAGGUUCCAGGGAGCGACGCCGCGGCUGCCAAGCCGGCAGAGGAGAGUGAGGCAGCCAGCAGCGACAGGCCGCCCGCCGACCAGCCGCCGCCGACCUCGGCCCUGGUGAAGAAGACAAAGGGUGCGCUGCGGCGCUACGUUGAGUCGUUUGACCAGCAGACGAUGCUGGACAUGGCCAAGUGGGUGGGGACUGGGGAGGCAGAAGGAUUGUUCAUGGCGGGGUAA